AUGAGUCUGGAGAACAUAGGUAAUUUCAUUAAAGCCAUUACCAAGUAUGGAGUGAAACCCCACGACAUCUUUGAGGCCAACGACCUGUUUGAGAACACCAACCAUACACAGGUUCAGUCUACUCUCCUGGCUCUGGCCAGCAUGGCCAAGACAAAAGGAAACAAGGUCAACGUGAGGGUCAAGUAUGCAGAGAAACAAGAGCAGAGAUUUGAGCCAGAGAAGCUGAGAGAAGGUCGGAACAUCAUUGGGCUACAG